AUGGCAGACUCGAGCGAAAAGCAGCUGAGCAGAUGGGUGACGCUGGUGAGCUACGACGGCUUCGAGUUCGUCGUUCUCCGCGAGGCUGCCUGCAUCAGCGGCGCCAUUCGCCGGAUGCUGGAUCCGAAGAGUGGAUUUGAGGAGAGCGUGAAGAAUAGAUGCGUGUUUGAGGAAAUCAGUGGCAUAGUCCUUGAGAAGGUCGCAGAGUACUUUUACUAUAACUACGUCAAUCGGGAUAGGGAUGGGGUGAAGGAUAUGCAUAUUCCUCCAGAGUUGUGUUUGGAGCUGCUGAUGGCGGCGGAUUAUCUGGACACUUGA